AUGCCGUCGAAUCCUGAUCUUGAUCGUAAACGUGAAGAAUAUAAACAAGAAAUUGAAAAACCAUUACAAAAAGAUUCAUUUGGUCCAAUUAAUUUUACUGGUUCAAUUGAUCCAUCGACCAUUACUCAUGAAGAUGGUGUUCAAUUACGCGCAGACGCAAUAGAAGAAAAUGAUUAUUAUCCCAUCCCUCAUGACUUAUAUACUGAAUUAGUUUCAAAAUUUGAUAAACAAGGAAAGGAAAUCAUUCGUCAAGCUAUAUGUGAAAAUGAACAAACAGUUUUAAUUGAAAUAAGACCGUUAUCAUUACGUUUCUGUAAAAGUCGUAGUGACUUACCCUCACAAAGUAAAAAAAGUUUAUCGCAGUCGUAUACAGUGAACACAAACGCAGCUAUAUAUGCAGAAGGAAAAAAGUAA